AUGGCGUCCUUCUUGGAGCAGUCGUACAGUUUGGUACACCAGGAUAAUGCAGCGGAUGUACCUACAAUGUCCGAGCUGCGCACGCAGCUGGAAAAGGGGACCGAUGAAAGCAAGGUGGACACAAUGAAGCGCAUCCUCACAAUUAUGUUGAACGGGGAUUCAAUGCCUCAACUACUCAUGCAUAUUAUUCGAUUUGUUAUGCCCUCGAAGCACAAGGCUCUAAAGAAGCUGCUCUAUUUCUACUACGAAAUAUGUCCAAAACUCGAUGCCAGCGGUAAGCUGAAGCAGGAGAUGAUUCUGGUCUGCAACGGCAUUAGAAAUGAUUUACAACAUCCGAAUGAAUAUAUCCGGGGGAAUACGCUGCGCUUCUUGUGUAAGCUUCGCGAAGCCGAGCUGAUCGAACCCCUUUUAUCUUCUGCCCGCUCGUGUCUUGAGCAUCGCCAUGCAUACGUCCGGAAAAACGCCGUCUUUGCCGUGGCAUCCAUCUACCAACACUCUCCAAGUCUGAUCCCUGAUGCUGCUGAGCUUAUUGCUACAUUCUUGGAAACUGAGAGCGAUCAUACAUGCAAGCGCAACGCAUUCGCGGCGCUGGCUAGCAUCAACCAUGAUGGUGCAUUGGCGUAUCUUAGCAGCGUGUUUGAUGGCAUUCCUAACGCAGAUGAACUUUUGCAGCUGGUUCAAUUGGAGUUCAUCCGCACGGAUGCCAUCCAAAACCCAAACAAUAAGGCUCGUUAUCUACGACUCAUCUUCGACCUUCUCGAGGCGGGCGCCAGCACGGUUGUCUACGAGGCGGCAUCCUCACUUACUGCCUUAACCAACAACCCCGUUGCCGUGAAAGCUGCAGCCUCAAAGUUCAUCGAGCUCAGCAUCAAAGAGGCAGACAACAACGUCAAGCUGAUUGUGCUUGACCGCGUGGAUCAACUACGACAGAAAAAUGAGGGUGUUCUAGAUGAUUUAACGAUGGAGAUUCUCCGAGUUCUAUCGAGCCCCGAUAUUGAUGUUCGGAGGAAGGCUCUGAGUCUUGCGUUAGAGAUGGUCUCUAGCAAAAAUGUCGAAGAAGUCGUACUGCUAUUGAAGAAAGAGCUGACAAAGACGGUUGACCAAGAAUACGAGAAGAACAACGAAUACCGGCAAUUGCUCAUUCAUUCGAUACAUCAAUGCGCUAUCAAAUUUUCAGAGGUCGCAGCCAGCGUCGUCGACCUCUUGAUGGACUUCAUUGCGGAUUUCAACAACACUUCCGCGGUUGACGUUAUCUCGUUCGUAAAGGAGGUCGUGGAGAAAUUCCCAAAACUCCGCCCAUCGAUCGUUGAGCGCCUAGUCUCUACCCUCAGUGAAGUCCGUGCGGGUAAGGUAUAUAGGGGGGCACUCUGGAUUGUGGGAGAGUACUCGCUCGAGGCAAAGGAUAUCAGAGAUGCCUGGAAGCGGAUACGAGCAAGUUUGGGCGAAAUCCCGAUUUUGGCAUCAGAGCAGCGUCUCUUAGAUGAAGUUGCAGAUGGACAGGAUGCAACCAAAGAACCUGAGCAGGUUAACGGGCAUCCAAAGGCGGCGCCCACCGGGUCCCGCAGAGUGCUUGCUGAUGGUACAUACGCAACUGAAAGUGCCCUUACAAGUCAGUCUGCAGCCGCGGCCAAAUUAGAAGCUGUCAAGGCCGCCCAAAAGCCUCCCCUUCGACAACUUAUCCUCGACGGUGAUUACUACUUGGCGUCGGUGCUCUCAUCCACCCUCACAAAGCUUGUCAUGCGACAUUCAGAAAUCUCACAAGAUAAUGCACGCACAAACGCUCUACGCGCCGAGGCCAUGCUCAUCAUGAUCUCUAUCAUUCGAGUAGGCCAAUCACAAUUCGUCAAAGCACCAAUUGAUGAAGACUCCGUCGAUAGAAUCAUGUCAUGCGUGAGAUCUCUUGCCGAAUACCCCCAGAAUAAAGGUCUCGAGAAAGUCUUCUUGGAUGAUACACGCAAGGCCUUCCGUGCCAUGGUGCAAGUGGAAGAGGGGAAACGUGCAGCAAAAGAAGCUGUUGAGAAAGCCAAAACUGCCGUUCAAGUAGACGAUGUUGUCUCAAUCAGGCAGCUGGCAAAGAAGAAUGCCACCGAUGGGGCCGACGAGAUUGGACUUGAUCUGGAGAGGGCCACUGGUGGCGAUUCAGCGGUUGAGGACCUGUCGUCAAAGCUCAGUCGAGUUGUGCAAUUAACAGGAUUCUCGGAUCCAGUUUACGCAGAAGCAUAUGUCAAAGUACAUCAAUUUGAUAUCGUGCUCGACGUCCUUCUAGUCAAUCAGACUACGGAAACUCUCCAAAAUCUCUCGGUAGAGUUCGCCACGCUGGGUGAUCUCAAGGUUGUCGAGCGCCCGACGACGCAAAAUCUUGGACCACAUGACUUCCUGAACGUUCAAUCCACAAUCAAGGUUUCCUCGACGGAUACCGGUGUCAUCUUUGGCAACGUUGUUUACGAUGGCGCCAGUUCGACUGAAAACAACGUAGUCAUCCUAAACGAUGUGCACGUCGACAUUAUGGAUUACAUCCACCCUGCAGUCUGCACAGAAACCGAAUUCCGAACCAUGUGGACCGAAUUCGAAUGGGAGAACAAGGUUAACAUCAACUCCAAAGCCAAGUCAUUACGAGAAUUCCUCACACAAUUGAUGGCCUGCACAAAUAUGAGUUGCUUGACGCCAGAGGCAUCACUCAAGGGCGACUGUCAAUUUUUGAGUGCAAACUUAUACGCGCGAAGCGUUUUCGGUGAGGAUGCACUUGCAAACCUGAGCAUCGAGAAAGAAGGCGACGAUGGACCAGUUACAGGAUUCGUCCGAAUUCGAAGCAGAUCACAAGGUCUAGCGCUCAGCCUUGGGUCGCUCAAAGGCUUAAACAAGGUUGGAGAAGUUGCUUGA